AUGACGACUACACCUGCGUCAAUUGGACCUCAUAGUCGAAAGAAAGUUUCGUACUACUAUGACUAUGAUGUAGGAAAUUAUUAUUAUGGACAAGGACAUCCAAUGAAACCACAUCGUAUACGUAUGGCACAUAAUUUAAUACUGAAUUAUGGUUUAUAUCGUAAAAUGGAAGUUUAUCGUCCGCACAAAGCCAUCGCAGAUGAAAUGACUCGUUUUCAUAGUGAUGACUAUGUAAAGUUUCUACAAAAUGUCCGACCGGACAAUAUCACUGAUUUCAACAGGCAAAUGCAACGUUUCAACGUCGGCGAGGAUUGUCCAGUAUUCGAAGGUGUAUAUGACUUCUGUCAAAUCUCAGCCGGUGGUUCGUUGGCUGGUGCCGUGAAACUUAAUCGAAAGUUGACUGACAUCGCAAUUAACUGGGCGGGUGGUUUACAUCAUGCAAAGAAGUCUGAAGCAUCGGGUUUCUGUUACAUCAAUGACAUUGUUUUAGCGAUACUUGAAUUACUCAAAUAUCAUCAACGAGUGCUUUAUGUCGAUAUUGAUGUUCACCAUGGCGAUGGUGUUGAAGAAGCAUUCUACACAACAGAUCGGGUAAUGACAGUCUCGUUUCAUAAAUUUGGAGAGUAUUUUCCGGGUACCGGCGAUCUUCGGGAUAUCGGCGCUGGACGUGGUAAAUAUUAUGCUGUCAAUUUUCCACUACGUGAUGGAAUUGAUGAUGAUACAUAUGAAACGAUUUUCAAACCGGUUAUACUAAAAGUCAUGGAAACGUACCAGCCUAAUGCCGUCGUUUUACAAUGUGGUGCUGAUUCAUUAACAGGAGAUCGGCUUGGUUGUUUUAAUUUAACUCUGAAAGGACAUGGCAAAUGUGUCGAGUUUAUAAAAAGUUUUAAUUUGCCUUUGUUAUUACUUGGUGGUGGAGGUUAUACAAUUCGAAAUGUCGCACGAGCAUGGACAAAUGAAACAGCAAUCGUAUUGAAUCAAGAAAUACCUAAUGAAUUACCUUACAAUGAUUAUUUUGAAUACUAUGGACCAGAUUUCAAAUUAAACAUAAGUCCAUCCAAUAUGCCGAAUCACAAUAGUGCCGAUUAUUUAGAGAAAACCAAAAUUAAACUUUUCGACAAUCUUCGCAUGUUACCACAUGUACCUGGUGUUCAAAUGCAAUCUGUACCUGAUGAUAUUAUGGAUGUUGAUCGCGUCGUCGAUGAAGACAAAGACAGUGAUCCUAACAAGCGUAUAUCCCAAGUACAAAGAGAUCGUCGUGUCGCUGAUGAACGUGAAUUAUCUGACUCCGAAGAUGAAGAAGGUGACAAACGACGAAAUCAUUCAAACGCAAAACAAGUUGCAUAUAAGCGUAAAGCUAGUUCCGAUUCAGCCAAUGGUGCCAUAGUUAAUGGCAGUGGCGAUACAACAACUGUUACAAAAGUGAUCAAACGUAGUGAAUCGACUAGUGUCAAUCCGUCGAGUGAUGAUGGUAAAUCAUCGAAUGCAAGAGUGACAGUUAAGAGUGAGAUAAAGGAAGAAAUGAUUGAAACUACGACGACACAUUCUGAACUGAAUAUCUCAACAGAAAUGUCUUCGCCACCAUCUGUAGAUGAAACGAAAAACUCUGAGUAA